AUGGACUCGCGUGCGUUCCGCCUGCGCUUCCCAGAGCUGCGCGUCUUCGAGGUCGACCUGCCAAUCCUCUUCGAUGAGAAGGAGCCUCUUCUCCAAGAUGAGCCCAUCAGCGUGUUUUCACGCACCGUCGUCCCUACGGACUUUUCCUCCACGGACGACUGGACUUCCAAGCUGCUGUCUUUCUCUCCCUCGCAGGUCGGCCCAUGGGCAAGGGCCCUGAAGAACGAUGCGCCCUUUGAUCCUUCCGUUCCCACCGUAUGGCUGCUUGAGGGACUGAUGAUGUACCUCACCGAGCGGGAGGCUACGGCCACGCUGCGCCGCGUUGGGGCCUUGUCUGCUCCAGGAUCUUCCAUCUUCUUCGAUGCAGUGUCUGCAGCUUAUGUCAAGCAGAACAUCGUGGUCGGCGGUGCGCCUUUCCUAGGAGGCUCCGAUCGUUACGCCGAUUGGUUACGUGACCUCGCCGGCUUCACCCAGACGCAG